CCGAGCCUGGGCGAGGGCGGGGCCGGCGAGAGGAGGCGGAGUCCACCGGAGCCCACGCUAUAAAGGCCGCGGGGCGACCUGCGCAGACCUUGCCGCGCUGGAUGAGGGCUUCUGAGCGUGAUUAGAUUCUGUAGACAGUCAUAAUGAGAAGCAAAGGAAGUUUCGUUCUCAGGCUCCUGCUCGUCCUGUGUGUCCUCUACCAUUCAGGUGAUAGCCUGCAGUGCUACAGCUGCCUUAACCCAGAAGGUAAAUGCACCACCAUCACCAACUGUACACAGAAUUUUGAUGCGUGUCUCUACGUCAAAGCCGACACACGAAUAUAUUACCAGUGUUGGAAUUUUGCUAAGUGCAGUUAUGACGACCUUGCAAAAAAUUUUGGAGGGAAGAAACUAGACUACAGCUGCUGCCAGAAGAACCUGUGUAACAGAAGUGGUGCGAUGAGUAUAUCAGGGAAAACGUUUCUGCUGAUGACUCCGGUGCUCGCAGCACUCUGGAACAUUUUCCUGUAAAUCGAUACCAGGAGAGCAUCUCCUAAACUCCCUGUAUCUGUGUAUUCCUUAUUUCCUUUGCUGCUGCGUUCCAAAAGCUUUAUAGUUUCCUGCUGGGAAAGAAAAAACUAGCUUGAGCAACUUGGGUAAGAGAGAGAGACUCAGAAACUCUGAAGACCAGUCCUGUUUGCAGAGCAGGCACAUUUGAGGGAAGAAGUUUAAGAGUGAAGCACUUGCGAUUUGAGAUAAGUUACAUGCUUCUUUCCACUGCUGUUUGCAGUGACAGCUUGACUAGAUUCUCUGCAGUCCUCAGUUAUUUCCCAUCUUAUUCCUUGCAUGUGGUUAAAUAGUAUGAUCACUGCUACUUGGGGGGGGGUAGGGGGCUCUUCUCAACAAUCUCUCUCAAAGCGAAUGCUUUCAUGCAUUUUGGGACCUCCAGAGGUCAUCAUGAACAGCAGCAGAUCUGCAGGAAUGUUGAUAUCAAAUCUGUUGACUCCUAGUUGAUAUGGCACAGAUUGUAUAAAAUAACAUUUGUAAGGGCUAUUAGCAUAAUCACAAAUGUUGAGGCUUUCAGAAGCUCUACCAGUUUCCUAGAAAGUGAUACACUUUUUCAGGAGGGCAAAGUUUUGCCUUUUUCUUGUGGGUGCUGGUGAAUUAUUCUCAAGGUCCAGUAGACUUAACGACAUUAGUAUUCUUAUAAUCUUGGUUGUGUUUAACCGUAUAGCUUGACUUUUGCAGAUGAAAGUGGGAUUUUCUGAUUACCAUUUUUUUAAAAAAAACUGCUUGAUUAUGUAAUCUGUUAGACAAACUAAUGAAUGAUGCCUUUCUGAAAAUAAAAUCUAAUCAAAUGCU